ACACCGGUUUUAGUAUUCCCUCCGUCUAACAAAGGAUGUCUCGACUUUGACCAAAUUUGAAUGCAUUUAUACACUAAGUCAUGUUUUGAUAAACUUGAGACAUAUUUUGUUGGACGGAGGAAUACAUGUUAACGAUGGAGGGGACUUAGGAAAGUGAGGCCCACAGAUGGUCUAUAUAAACAUGGAUGCUGCCCGUAAACAUCAACAAUCCACCCGCUACAGAGAGGAACAAAGAGAUACCAGCAACUAUGGCUUGCCGGCGGAACCAUCAAGCGGUCAUUGAAAUGUCAGUCGUGCCUAGCGUUGCGGCGGAAGCGGCAGCGGUAACAGCUCGAGGAGCUGCUGCAGCGGCAGAAGCGGCAGCUGCCACCUGCGCUGCCGCAGUCAAGCGUGUUCUUGCUGCGCUAGCAGAACGAGAAGCUGUUCAGGAAGCUGAUGCUGGCCAUGAUGUGGCACAUCUCCACAUAGCCGUUUGAGAAGCCGUGGAACCAUGUGCUGGGGAAGCUUUGGCAGCUCAAGAAGCUGCUGCCCCUGUGUUGCGGCAGCUCCGGCAGCUCGAGAAGCUGCUGACCGCUAUGGUGCGGAAGGUGGCGAUGCAGCAGCAGCUUUGGCAGCUCGGAAAGCUGCUGCUCACUGUGAUGUGGCGAGGGACACUGCUAAAGCAGCGGCGGCGGCUGCCAAGUGCGUUGUGGCAUGUUACGAGGCUGUGGCACCAACAUUGGCGGCUCGAGAGGCGCUGCCCGCUGCGUUGCCGCACGGGACAAUGCUGUUAUUGCUGCAACAUUGGUAGCUAGAGAAUCUGCUGUUGGAGGUGAUGUGGCACGUCGCAAGGCAGCAGAAUCGGCAGCUGGAGAAGCUGCUCAAGGCCACCGUGUGGCACGACGCAUUGCAGCAGCAGCUGCUUGGGCAGCUCGAAAAGCUUCCGUGCGUUGUGCUGCAGAAUGUUACCAUGCUGUAGCAGCAGCUUCGGCAGCUCGAAAAGUUGCUGCAGGCUGUGCUGCGGCAGGCGGUGAUGGAGAAGCGGUUUCCACGGCUCGAGAUGUUGCUGACCUCUGUGUCGCAGUUCUUGGCGAUGCUGCAAACGAUGCAGAUCGAGAAGCUGCCGCCAAACAUGUUGUGCCACAUGCUGAUGCAGCAGCAUUGGCAGCCCGUGAAGCUGCCGCCAUCUGUGAUGCGGCAAUUGCCGAUCCAGCAGCAGGUAAUGACAAUGACUUUCUUGAGAAGAUGCGAGGCUGGCUGAUGACAGUGGCCACGCUCUUCGUGAGCAUGGCCUUCCAGGCUAUGGUAAAUCCACCAGGCUGGAUGUUUGAUGCUCGGCGCACUGUAAGGUCAGCCUACCAUGGUGUUCCGGCCGCUGGUGCUCCAAGUCCUGAUGCAGGUGUGGAUGGUGACACAUCCUUUGAAUUUACGUUGGCGAUUAUGUACUUGCUUCUAAACAUGUGUACUCUCGGGACUGGACUGUCACUUGUGUUAUUGACUGACCAUAAAGAAAAACCCCUCUAUCAUGACGUUAAGGUUUAUAAUUUUUUUUGUGGUGGUACUGGCCUCAACUACAACUGGUUCCUUCAUCUCGGCUAGCCGUCCACCUCGUCAUGGGUCAGCUGCUGUUGUUGACGUGGUGGGAUUCGCCUUUAUCCCUCUCAUUUCUUAUGGAGCUUUUAUCUACCUGUUCUAAUAAAGUACUAUCCUAUUUAUUUUCCUAUAUGUUCGUGAAUUGUAUCUUGAAAUAAUAUUGUAAGAAUAGCUUAAGGAAUAUGUGAUUCGCCUGUGUAACUCAAUUUGCAUCUAUACGAGCUCUGUCUCAGGUGGCUUUGAAGGCCGAUCCAAAAGGAGCAUGUAGAAUACCUUGAUUACUUCACGUUUUCUCUGUGUUCCGGUCUCUCUCUAGCCAGCCUGUGGUACGAAGCUCCAAUUGAUUUGCCUGCCUGUCGCGUAGAACUAAGAAGGGUGAGGAUCCCAAAGUAGGAUGUAUAAUACCUCCUCGUACAAUAGCGUGCCCCAUUCAGUUCACAAAUAACCCGAUUUCAGAACCACGGACAAGGGGCCAGCUAACUGGCCGGUGCCCCCGGACCUACUGGAGGCUUGGUGGACCGAGAUAAACGACGCGUACGAAUCUCCCGAUCCUGAUUUGGAGAGGACCCGCGAGGAGUACCACAAGAAAGUUCACGCUCAUUAUCUGAUCAGCGAAGACGGAGAAGCUUCGUCUCGAGCUCCACCUCCACCCUCUGACACGAGGAGGGCGCGUCCCGGGGUCCUGAAGCGCAAGCGAGGAACCAAUACGCUCAACUGAAUUGGAGACGAACAUUAGGCUAGUGCCAUCGCAAAGGUCGAUGCAUCUUUGCGAUUGCGCUGGCACUGGAUUGAGUGCCGUGCAAUUCCGGAGAUGGAUCUUCUUAGCUUACCGCAACAGGCUAGUAUCAAUGAACUGCGUACGUACUGGUGUGAUGCCAGCUAUUGCUUUUCUAAUUAGCCUACAUAACUAUGUAACUCAGGUGCAGGUUUAGAGAUGCAUAAGACAUUGCUUCUGGUCCAGCAGCAUUAAAGAUUUACUCAGUCCAAGUAUAAAAAGAUUCAUAACUAAUCAGAUCACAUUUUCUUGUUCAUAUAUUGGUUGAUGGGUGAACAGCAAUUGGGUAUAAACACUAUAACUCAAGCUGUAGCCCGAAUGUUCAUUCUUCUACUUUCAGUCUAGAGCUGCAAGAACAGGUAUGUGGAGUCAGCAAGGACGGACUAUUUGUUCCUCUGCCUCAGAUGCAAAAUUCCAUUGGGCAUGUGCUAGAUAUGACUGUAUUUUCUUUUCUUGCAUCCAGAGUUCCAGACAUCAUCAAAAGAUAGCACAGAGAAUAGUAGGACAACGGCAGAGAACUGUUCUCUGCUAUCGCUCGAACUGCAAAUGUGUUCCAGUUGCAGCUGCAUGGACGAACCGCGAAGCUCAGUUGAAAAAUAGAAGAUGCAGUACAUGGGGUGCUUAUUUCCCUUAUUUGCAUUGACCGACCGCUUCAAGGUGUAAGAUUAGACCUGGUUCAUUUGGCUUUUGUAGUUUUGUUAUUUGCUCGAUCCUGUGUUCCCAAGGAAUAAUUUGUAGCUUUGUUAUUUGCUCGAUCCUGUGUUCUCAGGGAAUAAUGCAGCCUGUGUGCUUCCCGGCCGAGUGCCUUUUAAUCAUCGAGUAUGAUCUGCCAUUUCAUUCACGUAACCAACAGAGACAAAUUAUCACGAGCUAGCCAGUUGACAAGUAGCAACAGCUUUCAGCAGGAGACACAAGAGCUAGCCAGUUGACAAUCAAGUAGCAACAGCUUUCAGCACGGGAGACAUCACUCAGUUGAUGUGGAGACUUCAAAACAAUGUAAACCCAAAUAAGAUAACAUUCCCCUAGAUCAAAAUUUCCUGGCAAAACAAGUAGACUAGCCUGUGGCAUUUGCAAUGACAUACCAAACUGCAACAUUGAUCACUCCAGCAU